AUGGCCGCCUUGAAGCGGUUCAACAUCGAAGCCUUUACCCUGCUGGGAGUUGCUCUGUUGAUAACUGGGCUGCGGUGCUUCAUCCGUAUCCGCUCCGUGGGGUUCAAGGGUCUGUGGGCGGAUGACUACUUGGCGGUUCUGGCUGCUAUUACUUAUUCGGCGGAAACUGGACUGGCGUAUUCUGUGGGCAACAUCGCUCAUGGCCUGGCCAACAACUCGAUGACGGAUGCUGAGCGAAAGGCCCUGGAUCCUAACAGCGAAGAAUAUGCGCUGAGCAGGGUUCUCGGUUCUCAGAUCCAGCUUGCAGGAUGGUCGACCUACUCGUUCCUCUUAUGGGUGCUCAAGGCAUGCAUGUGCACCUUCUACUACCGCCUGACCAAGGACCUCGAGGGUUACCGAUCGAAAAUCUACUUUGGCUUCGGCUUCAUCAUCACGAGCUGGGUCGCCGUCCAGCUGAACAUCCUCCUUAGCUGCCGCCCGUCCUUCAGCAUGUGGUGGCAGAUAUAUCCCGACCCCGGCGAGUUCUGCCACCCGGCCAUCUCUCCGUCCAUCGUCUGGACCGGCCUCGCCCUCAACGUCGCCACGGAUCUCUACCUCAUCAUGAUCCCCAUGCCUAUGCUUUGGAAGGCGGCCAUGCCCUGGGUCCAGAAGUUCUGGCUGAUUGCCCUUUUCAGCUGCGGUCUCUUCGUUACUAUGGCUGCCAUCCUCCGUGUUGUUCUCCUUGUGUCGGACCCUGUCAACGGUGCCAUGCUCGCUGGUUCAUGGGCAGUUCGCGAGACAUUCACUGCCGUCGUCACUACCAACAUCCCCAUGCUCUUCCCACACUUCAAGAAGGCGAUUGGCCCGAUCGUCUCCCGCGUAGGAUCCUCCCUUGGCUUCUCUCGAAAUAGCAAGUCUGGCGGAACGGGAACUAGCUUCUCCAAGGGAACACUCGACACCUGGAGGCGCAAGAACGACCGACACGGUUCUAUCCCGCUACGCGGAAACACUAUGUCGGGUGAUCGACAGAGCGAUGAGAGCGAGACAUUCAUGAUCGACCUCCCCCGGAUGAACAAGGGGAACGAUCACUCCAACAAGAACAACAACAAAACCGGGAGGCCGGGCAUCCAACGCGACGUCGAGGUGUCCGUGUUCGAGAUGAAGAAUCAGGGAGAGCAACAACAGCGACUGGAGCGAACACAUUCACAGAACGUAAACUACUCAACAACCCGGGCAGGCUCCCAGGUUCAGGCACCACAGCCAGCAGCGCAGUCCAGGUCCUACCAUAACCACAUUCACGGCUACUAUAACAGGGACUAA